CCGCAGAUGAGAAUUAAAGAACAACCUUAAACAGGUCAAGAAAAACAAGUUUUCAACUCUUGACAAACGAUGGGAAGAAAGCGAAGCGAGCGACUAAGUCUAACGCAAAAGUCGGUUAGUUUUCGGACGGCAUCAUAGGCAAUCAGACGCCAGGAGGACCCGCCGCCGCUCGGAGCAACUGCUGCGUUAGUGGCGAGCGAGCGAGAGCGACGAGGGCUUUUCGAAGUUAAAUGGCCUGACAGAAAGGACCGUUGGCCCAUGUCCCGAGGAGGCUCCCUCUCGCGCGCGCGUUCUUUUGAAAGUUCGAAGUUAAAGGUCCCACUUCAAGUCGGUGAUACGAGAUGUUAUGGUCAGACGCAGUGCUCGCACUCCAUCAGUUGCGGCCGAGAUCUUAGACAGUGCGGACGGAGAGAGAGAGAGAGAUAGAGAGAAGGGUGCCUUAAAGUGAUUAUUUUUCGGGGAGAGUGGUUUGUUGUUGGUGUUUUAGGGCAUCAGAUCAGUUGACGAAUUGCCCCCCCUGGCCCCCUUUCCGAAGCGGAAAGUUCGCUAAGAUGAUAUCGCACGCGAUGGACGACCCAUAUUCUCCGGCGAAGGCGGACAUCCGCAAUUUCCUCAAGAAAUCCGCUGCAGCGAGACGGGCUCUGUCGGAACUCGGGCCGAACGACCCCAAGGCGAACAUGCGCAUGGCCGAAUCGCUCAUUACCAUCACGGCGGAGCAGUUCAUGAAGAAGUGGAACUUCGACCCGAUCAGCUUCAGACCGAUGGCCCCUGGAAGAUACGUUUGGACUCCCGUCAAGACUAAAAAGAUGUCGUCUCAGACGACGACGACGCCCACAGCCCUGUCGGCGACGACCUCCCUACCCUCAUCCUCUUCCUCCUCCUCUGCUGCGACGCCGUUCGCGAGUUUAGCGAAAGAAACGAUCGCGAGCGCCCUAGAAGAGCGAUUGUCCGGCCACCAUCUGUCGAACGAUGCUAUUGAUUUCUCCUCUGCCUCGACGACCCACAAGACGACCACGACGACUCUCGUUUCUCCUGUCCUUCGAACCCCGAAGAAGUCCUCGCCCUCUUCCUCCGGCAGGACGUCGACGACUCCCAAAACAAAGCAGUGUAAAAUCACAGCUUACGGACGCCAGAGGAAGAGACUCCACUCCACUUCCAAGACCGAGGAAGGAAUCGAGAUCGAAGUCACCACCCCCAGGAAGAAGAGGUUGGCCACAGUGUCGCCUUCCAAGUUGAAAGAGUCCCUCGCCUCUCUCUCCUCUUCAUCCAUACUCCCAAUGGACGUCUUCGGGUCAGCCGAAGGUGAUGAAGGAGACGCAGCAGGCCUCAAGCUACGGGAAUGGAAUGAAGCCAGUGCAAGAAUAGAGAAGAACAAAUGAGCUGCUGAUAAAAAGGAAUUUUGAUUUUUCUUUAAUUUAAAUCUUAAUUUCGCUCGAGUGAAGAAGAGCUAUUUUGAUAUUUUAUGUUUGGAUUUCCCAUCGAUAUUUUCAACUUUAUAAGCAUCGAAUGCGCUUCCAUUUUUAUUUUUUUUCUUAAAUUAUUAUUUCCUAGAUGCUAUAGUGCAACACCGAUCAGCGUGCUAGUAGAAGCUACCAGUGACUUUCUCUAGAAAAGUGCUUAGAAGUGUGCCGCUUAAGUUACCGUUCACGUGUCUCGUGAGCGCUACCCCGCCCCCCCCAACGAAGAACGGAAGCUUACAAAAGUGCUUUCUCUAUAGAUAAGAGGUACUUCAAGGGGGGUAUAGAUUACACGCCCCUUCUGUUUUCGAUACCAGCUUUAUUAUUAUAUUAUUAUUUGUCCCGGUUAUUUUUGCAUUCUCACAUUCUCACCCUCAGCUUCAAACUCAAAACCAAAAUAAAAAGUAAGAUAUGAUACGAGAUUGUUCAAGCUGCUUACAUUGCAAAAACUAAGGUGCCUGUGCAUUGAUUUGAUUUAAAUAUUUAAUGUUAGUUCCUUACCGUGCCUUUUUGUUCUUCUGUCCUGAAGUUUGACGCCUAAACAGUAAGAUUAAUCAUUUAUUUCCAUUACAUUACAAUGUUAACACAUCCUUUUUUUGUUCACAUCUGCAGCUGUUUACGCGUCUUAACUGGGUAACAAUUUUAUUAAGAUAUUAAUCUACCUUUUUUCACCGCGCUAUAUAGGAAUCUAUGUACUAAACGUUACGGCAAGUAACGUUUUUUUAAGUAUUUCAGCUAUUAUGGUCUCAGGCUUAGAUAGAGAAAAACGAAAAUUCAGAUUCGAGAGGACUUUUGUUUCAUCAGUGUCUGCUUAUAUUAUAUAUAUAAUUGUUUUUGUUUUCAAAGGUUCCACUUGUCCUCAGACUGAGUGACGUGUGGACGAGGCCUGUCUUGUGAAAGGCAUUUGCUUUCAUACAUUUAUUUGUAUUUCUGUAUUAUAUAGUCAAUGCAUAGAUGCAAGAAUAAGGUGUGAUACACGUACAACUGUAUGUUAUGUAUAUAAUACACAGAUGAAACAGUGUUGUGUAUGUGAAUACAAAUCUAUGUAUAUGUUUAUAUAUGUAGAUAUAUAUAUAUAUAUAUAUAUAUAUCUAUAUAUGAUUAUAUAUAUAUAUAUAUAUAUACAUUGCCUAUUAUGUGUUGCUACACAUACACAUACAUACACAUGUCCUGUUAGGACGAUCAAAUCCCUCCAAACGCCUUUUCGUAUUCAACGAAGUCCUUCGUUGCACUAUCCUUAGGGUCAACCGAAGUCCUUCGUUGCACUAGCCUUAGGGUCAAAGGAUUUUUCUAAAAGUCGUAAGAAUUAUCAGGCAAUAGAUAUUUAUAGAAUAAUUUUAAUAUAUUUGAAUUAUAUCUAAUUCUUUUUACUCAUUCGUAGGUAAAGGAUAUGUAAGAUAGAUUUUAAAAAAACAAAAGAGGGAAAAUACAGUAAGAUUCAUUUAGCUAUUUAAAUGUUUUUAUGUUUUUUUUCACGAUUUUGAAUUUUCGAAUUCAUUUCAUUCAUUAUACAACACUGGCUCAUAUAUUAUCAUUUUAUAUUUCGCGCAGUUUUGCAUCGCGGUGAAAACGUUAACUUUUAUAGCACGAUUUUAUUCUGUUCAUUUAUUUAAUUUUCCCCUGAAAGAAACUUACCGCAUUUUCCCUCGUAAAUGAUUCUUCGUAAUCGGACACAACUGCAAUCGAGUUGCCAUUUAUUGUAUAUAUAUAUAUUAAAUACGUGUCUUUCAGCUGCUCCUCUUGGUUCAAAGAUGGUUUGACAAACGACGAAAACAUUUCCCUGUUCUCAGCACGUGAACUGUUUGUCUAUCGAUAGAUAUCACAAAUAGUUUCACGUGAACUAUUUUUGUAGAUUAAUAGCUCAAACAGACUUAUUUUUCGACGAGAAUUCGUUGGUAUUUCGUGUGAUUUAUCUAAAACGAAGCAUCACGUGUGUGAUUUUACGUCAAUUUUGUCGGUAAUACUCUUGGGAGAAAUGAUUUAAUAGAUUUACAAGGAAAUGGUCGAGGCAAAUUAUUAUUUAUAGCCUCGUAAUUCCACCUGAUGAAUACACAGUUAUUUGUGCAAUGCGGCCAACGAGGAGCGCACAUUCAUUCAUAGGCUAGUCAUUAUUUAUUAUAUAAUUUAAUACUAUAGCUUAAUGAUAUUUUGUUACAUUUACUGUACAUAAAAAUUCCUGUUGCCUUUCUAUUAGCAUUCAGAUGAUUCAUAUUUUCUUUUUGCGUUUUGCAUAAAAAUUCCUGUUGUCUGCUGUAAUAUUUGGUCAUGUUAAAAAUAUUUUUUUCAAUGUAAUAUCUGUCAACAUGGAAUUUUUCUGUACCGUUCAUUUUUACAGCGAAAGGAAGUACUUUUUUUUUUCUUCCUUUCCGAGUACAUGCAUUGAUCUCAAUAUUGUACAACAGGUCCCUAGACAGACAAUCCAUUUCUGGUACUGUAACUUGCAUUUAUCUAGUUUUAAGGUCAUCCAGACAGAAGCCACUGGAAAUUCUUGCUAAAAGAAACCUGACCCGCGACUGGGAAUGGGAAAGAAGUGUAGAUAUUUUUUUUUUCUUUUACAGUGAAAUAAAACAAAAAUGCAUAAAAAGUUCGGUAAUUUUUAGCAUUGAGGAACCAAAGCUGCAAGCUUUCUUAUUUUAUUUUAUUUUAUUUAGGAACCGUUCAGAACUAGUCUUCGAAGUUUAUUUCUGUAACCAUCAUGGAAUUCCAUUCGCUUCUGUCGCACGUAGCUGGGGGAGAUCGGUGACCAACAUCUGCCGAAGGCAUUUGAAAUAAAAUAAGAUGAAAUAAAAUCGAAUGCCUUAGCAGCAGCUGCUGUGCAUUGAUCGCUUCCAGAUAAGUGCUCGUAGUCUUUCAUUAAGAAACAGUUAUAUUGUAUUUUUUUAUUGGCAUAUCAAAAAAGAAGCUGGGUGAGGCAUCCUCAAAAGACUUUUCUGCCCGUAAGUGAAAGGGAUUUAGCAAAGCUCGUGUUUAUCACAAGUUCGUGGCUACAAUUCAUCAGCCAUUAUAUAUAUAUAUAUAUAUAUAUAUAUAUAUAUAUAUAUAUAUAUAUAUAUAUAUAUAUAUAUAUACUCCACACAUAAUCCCUUUAUAAUUAUCCCGUUGCAACAUCCUAGUCGAUUUGCGCAUGUGUCGCACGAAUGCAAGACAUCUAUCAUCAUCAUCAUUAUUCCCGGGUAUCUGUUCUCUUUCCUUCUUGUGCGAACCAAGAAGGAAGAAGAAAGGUAAAUAAUGCUACGACGACCUUUCCCUGUGAGUCGUAGGUUGUUGGGCCGACCUCAGCUUCUGUUUAGUAUUAUCAUAAAGAUUGUAUAUUUUAUUGGAGGAAAAUGGCCAAGAUGCUACACGAAAUGUAUAUUUUUCUUCUGAUAUGUGCAGUAAAUAUAAUUAUUUGCUAUGAAA